CUAACCUUCGUCAUCUUUUCUUGUUAGAAAAUAUUUUAAACAUGAUAUAUUUAUAAAAAUGGAUCGAAAUACAAAAUCUAAAUUAGAUAGACAAACAAUAUACGAGAUAUAUCGAGGAUGUCGUCUGUGCGGAGCUGGGGCGGGGUACAAAAUGCCUAUAAUACAAACUGUAGUUGAUUUGGACGGAAAUGGGAUGGAAUUAAAGCAAAAAAUACAAGAAUGUGUACAAAUUGAGAUAAAUCCCGAUGACAAAAUGCCUCCCUUGAUUUGCGAGCUGUGCGUGGACAAAGUGAAUGAUUUCUACCAAUUUAUGGAGAUGUGCAAACAGACGAACAUACAUACAAGGUUGAGAUUGGGGUUGCCAUUACAGAAACCUGCUAAUAAGAUAGCUUUGCAGGUAGAAAAUAAUUCCCGAGUAUCUCGAGCAAGUCAGACUACCUUCAAGAUGACCAGGCCCUCCAAACCUUCACCAAGUCCACCUCCAAGUCGAAGCAGAAGAGAAGAUGAGAUGACCUUAAGUAGCUUAAAGAAGGAGAACAGCAGGGAAUCACGCUCGAGUGAAACCAUUGAAAAGCAACCAAUCAGAACGACCAGGAACUCCAAAGCUGCGUCUCCACCGCCCAGCACACCUCGAAUCCGCAGCCAGAGAGAAGAGAACAUGACCCUGAGUAAUUUAAAGCAACAAGUACAAAAAGAUAGCAAAUCAAAAGACAGUAAACCAUCCAAAGAUAAUAAAGCAAAUAAAGAUAAGGCAAAAGAUAGCAAAGUAACGAAGGUCGUCAAAACAUAUAAGGACAGUAAAGCAGCACCUAAGUCUAUAUUGAAGAAAAGGGAGGAAUUGAUGGACGACGAAGACAGUCUGCUGGUGCCCCGGAACAAACGCAGCCGCGACGUCGAUGUCAUAAAGUUGGAGGUCCCAGUUAAAAAAGUCAAAAUAUCAUUACCGUCAUCGAAGCAGAAGCAAGCGGCGCAUCCGGCGAGGCCGAAGCGAGCCCCCCCGUCCCCCGCGCCGCCGCCGCCCCCCGCGCCCCCUCAGUACUCGUGCGCGGUGUGCGGGGACACGUUCCGUUCUUCGCAGGGAGUGUCCGCACAUAUGAAGGUGCAUGUGGUAUCCUUUACGGACCCCAAACUAGCGUGCGACCCCUGCUGUGCUUGGUUCUCGACCGCCGAGGAAGCUGCGACCCAUCAGAAGCGGCACUCGGCCAGUCUCCGCUACACAUGUCGCCGCUGCUCUUCCAAAUAUAAAACUAUAUAUAGUUAUAAUGAACAUUUGGAGUACAAGAAGUGCUUGCAGUUCGACGUUGUGCCCGACUUGAAGUGUGCGCGAUGCGGCCAGUCGUUUGCAACAAAGAACCUGCACCGCCGUCACCGAUGCCAUGGCACGUUCAACCGAUCCACCACAUGUACGAGGUGCGGGCGAGUGUACGCGUCGCCGAAAACAUUGAAACUACAUGUUACAACGUGUUAUUCGAAAAAGAAAGAUGAAAUAAAGGUGGACCCUGAAGUGCAGAGGUCUUUACUGCCCGCACAGAUCAGAGUCUCCCGCUGUGAUUCACUGUUGGUGAAGAACGCCGCUGGUCACUAUGAUGUGGCUGAUGUUGAUUUGGACUACGGUCUCGACGAUUCCUGUGUCUACCCAUACCGCGUAUAUUUACGGAUCAAGACUGAACCACUCUACCAGGAUCGUAUGGUUGCCAUAGUAGAAGAAGUCCGGAACGAACUCUGCUCAGAAGAGUACAUACAUUGGGAUUCAGAUACGUGCGACAGUGACAGCGAUAGUACCAACAAUUCGAAGAAGGAAGUCGAUAUGCUAUCAACAUUAUCAUUAAAGACAUUAUUCUCAUUGAAACUCCUAGGCAAAGUGCCGAGGAAACGGAGAAGAAUUAAAAUGGAGAAGUGUGAUGAAAGUGUAGGUGUCAGUGUUAAUAAGAAUGAUAGUGUUGGGUAUGAUACAGAGGAUAGUGUAGAUAGUUUUAGUAUUAUAGAUUCAUUACUGACUGAUAUCGGACAGAAUAAAGAUAAUGUAAAUGAAUCUACUGUUAAUAAUGAUAAGGUUAGUAACGAUGUAGGUACAAAUAAUGUAAACAAUGAUUUAGAAUUAAAUAAAACAUCCAAUAAGAAAUCAAAUACGUCAGAAAAUUACGAUGUAUCUAAAUCUAAUGAAGCAAGAAAUAAUUUACCAGUGAAUAAUAGGACUGAUAAUAGUAAUGUAAUGGAAUUGAGUGAUUCAUCGAGUAGUACUAGACCAGUAAAUAAAGAAAUAGACAAUGUAGAAUUUGAUAAUGAUGACACGACCUCAGGAAAUAAUACUAUAAAUGAAAAUAACGUCCUAAUUAUCUCAAAUAAUCAAGAGUCAAUUGAUCCUGAAUGUUCCACUAAUAAUAGUUUAACUACUUCUAAAGAAGUGACUAGUGAUGUUACACAAGAAAAUGUAAAAAAUAAUUCAAAUAUUGAUAAUGAAGCUUCGAAAGAAAAUAGAAAUAGUGAAAUUCUAGUUCCAGUUAUUCCAGAAGAAGAAAAUCGUACGGAAAAUAAAGAUUUAGAUUCAACUGACCUUAAUAAUAAAUCUAAUGAGAAUAUUGUAGGUGAUAAAAGCACAAAUAAAGAAAAUGGUACAAAUUUAAAUACAUAUGUUAAAUCAAUUAAUGACCCCAUCCCAAAUAAAGUAAAAGACAAAAAGGAGCGCAAUGAAAAUGAAACUAAUAAUGUUAGUCCAAUGAAUAAUAUUUAUUGUAAUAAUUAUGAACACGAUAAUUCAAAUAUAGAAAAAAGUAAUGGUGAAUCAAAUAAACCAGUAGAUGGAGACAUUGAAAGUAAAAGUAGUGAUACAGAAUUAGACGAUAUGAAAUUAAUGGAAGCUCUCGACCAGCAAAUAGGCGAGUAUUGUAACGACUCUGAUGAAAGUCACAAAAAUACUGAUGGUAACAAUGAAAUAAAUUCCAAUAAAGAUUGUAAUUCUGAAAUUAAUGAAAAUUCGAAUAAAAAUGAUAGAGCAAACAGAGAAAAUAAUGUAGAUAAAGACAACAGGUAUAAUAGAAACAAAAUAACUAACAAUGAGAAAAAAUUGGAUUUAGACAGUAAAUCUAAAAUAGAAUUAACUAACGGCGAAUCAAGUAAAGAAAUAGAUUGGGAUAAAUCAAAAGAGAGUAAUGAUACUGCAGUUGAAGAUAUGAAAUUAAUGGAUGCUCUGGACAUGCAAAUUGGUGAAAAUUCAAAUUCUCAUGAUGAAAGUCAUAAUAGUAAAGUACAUUUAAAUGAUAGUGCAUCAGAAAAUAAUGAUAACAAAACACCAAACGCAUAUAUUGAAGAGGACAGUGUUGCUGAUAAAGAUAAAAUUACAUUAGAAGAUCUGGUACCUAAAGAUGAUUUGAAAUCAUUGGAAUUAGACAACGUAAGUGAUGAUGAUUUCGACUUUGACCUAUGACAGGAUAAUAAUGGUAAAACGGCAAUUGGAGAGCACAAUGCUCGUAAUAAUGAUGUUAUAGUAGAUCUAUUAGCAAAAGAUAAGAUAAAAUCAUUGGAAUUAGAUAACAUAAGUGAUGAUGACUUUGAAUUUGAUCUAUGACAGGAAAAUGAUGAUGAACCAGCAGUAGUAGAGAACAAUGUUGGUGAUGGAAACAAUAUUUUUAAAGAUCUCGUACCUAACUAUGCUUUAAAAUCUUUGUAUUCAGGUAAUAGUUGCGCCAUUAAGACUUAUGCCAAAUCGAGUAGGCAGAUAUUUAGUUGUAUUAACAGAUAUAAUAA